CAGAACAUCUAAAUGAGGAACACGUCCAUUCUGAGGAAAGUCUGAAGAGUGAUGAGGACGGAGGAUUACUGCUGAGGGUGUUUUCCUGCGUGUAUUCGUCUGCUUCAUCGUCUGUUUAUCAGUGUAUGUGUGUGUCUGUGUCUGUGUGUGUGUUUGAGAGAGUGUGUGAAUGAGUUGUUAGAUGAUGUUGGAGAUGAAGCGAGUGGUUCUCCUGUUCUGCCUCGUGCUCCUGACCUGCGCAGCUCCUUUGCACCAGAAUAACGAGUUGAGCACAUCACAGGAGCCGCAGGUGACCUCACGUCUCAUCCAUUAUAGGGGAACCUCAGGAAAUGACAUCAUAAUCACAACACCUGCAGGGUUCGGAAAACCCAAUAAGAAUGGCAAGAGCAUUGUUACAGUCAGUUUACGGGAUGAGAACACCAAGGUUUCUGUUGAUGUUGUGAGCUUCAUCUUCUCUGUAAGCAGUGAGGAGCUGUCUAAAGCUGAGCUCGGUGAAAGUGGUGAAGGAACACAGGCUAAUGGAGCAGGAGCUGGUAGAAAUGGAGAGGAAAACAACACUGAUAAGGAUGGGGAUUUGAGUGAGGAGGGACUUGAAUCAACAGCAAGACCUGAGGUGCUAAACAGUGAUGAAGAGUUGGACAAAAGUGAGGAGGAAACACCAAAUCAAGAAGAUAAUAUGAGUGAGGAUCUGAAACACAGAGGUUCUCAUCCUGACACCAGAGAUGAUGCUAAGGAACUUGACCCAGACCAUCCAAAUAUCUUUAAACCUAAAAUUGCCUCAGAUAUAUCCAGUUUAGAGGAAAACUCAAAUGAGUCUCAUUUAGGAUCAGAGCACCAAAGGACUGAGAUACAUAGUCAAACUCUGGGACAACUCUCAGGUUUCAGAUCAACUCAUACUUCGACCAUAAUCCAUGAGGAAUCCACUUCAGUUGACGCAAGUGGCAAAGUAACAGACCCCAGAAUAUAUAUGUCCCCUGUAGAAGUUCAGACCGUCCCCACAACCUCAGAACCCAUGUUGGGACCUCUUCAUACAGACUCAGCACUUAGCUCCAGCUUAGAGGAGGAAACAGGUGAUGAAUAUAAGAACAGUAUCCCUGACUCAACAUCGAGCAAGACUCCAAAACUUAACUCAGGUCCAGAGUCUAUGGGAAACACAGAAGUGGUGAAGAACAACAGAGGUCCUCCAACACCUUCCUUCUCUGGUUCAGACUUUGAUCCUGAGUAUGUUAAUGAUGAAUGGCUGUAUGAUCCCCGAUAUUAUGACCCAUACAAUAGCCAUCCUGGGUAUGACCCCUACGGUGCAGGUUAUGACCCUUAUAGGGCAGGUUAUGACCCCUACGGAGCAGGUUAUGACCCCUAUGGAGCAGGGUAUGACCCAUAUCAAGCAGGGUAUGAUCCCUAUGGUGCAGGGUAUGACCCAUAUCAAGCAGGGUAUGACCCAUAUCAAGCAGGGUAUGACCCAUAUCAAGCAGGGUAUGACCCUUAUAGUAAAGGUUAUGACCCAUAUCGGGAAACAGAGAGUGAAGAUCCAAGAUAUGAUGUAGAGCAGAAAACCACUCCAGCAUACUUAGUUGAAGAAAACAGGAGCCAUCCGACAGAGACUUCGAAUAACCAGGAAAACUCACAUAGUGAAGAACAACCUCAGGGUACCUCUAUUUCACCAUUGAGUACCCCAGUAUCACUUCCUGAAGUGGAUUCAACACAGACCAUACCAUCAGAAGAACCAUCAAACUCCAGUUCUAUUGAAACCAGCAGAGAAACGGGGCCACAGCCCUCAAAAGGUCCUAAUGAUACUAAUUCCCUUUCUGAUUCUAUUGAAGAGGGUACAGACACCACAGCUGGUGCUUGGGGCAAGAAAAAAGCUGCAACAGGGAGCUCCAGCAGUGAGGAGAGUGCUGAAACCUCAGACUCUGAACAAGAGAGCCAGAAUCUGAUGGACCAGCCAGGAAACCAGGGAACUCCUGAUCCAGCAAUUCAGACCUCUCCCCACAUGUCAGUGGUUCAAGUCGGCCAUGACAUCCAGGAGAUACACAAUGAAGAAGGUCCUCAGAGUCAAUCACCGGUGGAUCUCAUGCCUGCAUUUAGUUCAGAAGAAAAUGAUCCACUGGUCAACACAGUUAAGCACAUCAUGGGCCUUAAAUUCAAUGGUGGAGCCAAUGAAGAAGGUACUUUUGCAGUUGCUGAAGAAGGUACUGUCCCUUCAGACAACACCAUCUCAAAAAACAACCAAAAUGAAGAAUAUCUUUCUAAUGAAUCUGCAACAGAUAGCCCAGGAAUCAGUGCUCAUGAAUCAGUGGACCUCACCUCACAGAGCCCAGCACUCGACUCUGAAUCAGUUCCAACAAGCGACUCACUGGUUAGCAGCGAAGGCGCCUCAAGUGAGACCAGCACGCCAAUUCCAAGCGCUAACCUGCACACUACAACUCAGAACAGUGAAGGAUUGGAUAACAGUGCUGAAGCUAAUGCUAAUAGUAACACUGCUUAUGACAGUGAGGAGUCUCAGGAAUCUCAGCUCUUUGUUCCUUCCACAGUGAUUCCCAUCGCUAACCAACCAGGCCACGUGCAGCACACUGACCACAGCAGUGACGAGGAAAACACACGCGACGGGAAGUCCAACCAGGGGAUAAUCGGACAAUUCGCUGUAAAAACACCAACUAAAAUAUUAGCCACAAAUCUCUGGACAUCUUUUCUCCAAGCCCUAAACGUUCCCAUCGCUAACCAGAGCAGACUCUCAGUCCAGAAGAAUGUUCAAAGGCCACAAAGUACCAGGCGUUAUCAUCAGCGUAACAACAGGAGACAAAAAUCUAAUAGCAGUGAGGAAAGUAAAUAAAAUAUGCUGUAAUUCCGCAUGUUAUUUGUGAUUAAACACGGAGUCAGGAACUGCUCAUGGCCGGUUGGGGCUCGGUCCUGCAACAUAAGCAGUUUAUUACAGUAGAAAAGGUUAGCAUGUUAGUGUCUCUUUUAGCAUAAAUCUCUGAACCAGCCAUGACACUGUUUUAGUGAGUUUUCUGAUUGGAGAGUAAAUUAUUAUUAUUAUUAUUAUUAUUAUUAUACCACAUGGGAUUGAUGUAGUCGAUGAAGGUCUGUUUUUUCCUCUCGGAAACUAAUUGCUGUAUUUUUGGACUGGAAGAAGUAUGUUUUAUCGACUUCAUGACAGCAGAAAGUAAUUUUUCUUCUUUUUGAUUGAUCUUGUACUCCAAAAGCAUGAUUUCUAUUUCAGUUAAUAAAUAAAU